UAACUUUUCGCAUGCCGAAUUUUUUGUAACAGACAAUAGGAAAUGGAGUUAAUCUGUUAUCUUUAGUGAUUGCGGCACUCAUUGUGAAAAUUAUAUGGUUUGUCUAGUCACAACACUAGACUAGUCCCUAGACCAGGAGUGGGAAACCCCUGGCUCGCGUGCCGAACUUGACACUCAAUCACGGCAAUCCGGGACGCGAGCGAGGACUCGGGAACGGUCUCCUUCCCGUUGAGAUAAAGAAGCUUUUAAAACUCUUUAUUUAAGUGAUGAAACUCGAUGUUUGUUUCUUUUGGAAAAAUAUGAAAUGAAAUUGAUUGAAUUUCAGAGUAGCUCAAUAUGGAAGCAAAAAUGUAUUUACCUCAUAGUUAAGUUAGUAUGUAUUGAAAAACGUGAUUAAAGAAAGGAAUACAAGAGAGACGUGCAGAAAAUGAACUAUUGCCGAGCUUGGAAUGCCAUUUCUGAACAAUUUUCGUGCCUACAAAGCUUUGCAACUGCAUUUUUUCCAUGUUUUCAUCCACAUAUUAUGCUGGGCGAAUCUUUGGGAGGGAGUCCGUGAUGGCAGUACUUUGAGUAAAAUUCCAUUUCAACCCCUGGAAUUUCCAAAAGCCGAGGAAAAACAGUUUCCAAUGAAAAGAUCACCUGGUGAAGAUGAAGACAUGGAUGAAGAUUGUUUGUAUUUAACUAUUUAUACAACAACACUGGAUCGUAAUACUAAUCUGCCGGUAAUGGUAUGGUUUUACGGUGGAUCCUUUCAAGAUGGCUCAGAAAAAUUGUAUGACGGAAGCGCAUUGGCUGGAAUAAAUGAUGUUGUUGUGGUUAUUCCAAACUACAGAUUGAAUGUAUUUGGAUUUUUAUCUCUCGGUCAAGACUCGCUGUGUCCAGGAAACGCAGGCUUGUUGGAUCAAAUGAUGGCGCUAAAAUGGGUGCAACGAAAUGUCAAAUACUUUGGAGGCAACCCUGAUAAUGUGACAAUAUUUGGCGAGAGCGCUGGUGGGAUGGCAGUUAAUCAUCAUGUGAAUUCUCCUAUGUCUCGCGGAUUGUUCCACAGAGCUAUCAGUCACAGUGGUCAGGCCAAUUCCCAUGUAUAUUUUGCAAAGAAACCAGCCGAAGGCAAAAAGAAAUUGUUGGAAUUCUUGGGAAUUAAGGAAACUAACGAAGCGGCACUUCUGCAAAUUCUUCAAAACAUUCCCGCGUCGGUAUUACAUCGAGCCCAUAAACAUUUUGGAUAUGACGAGUUACUCUUUUUGCCUUGCGUUGAUGGCAAGUUUCUUGUGAAAAGCCCGGAAGAAUCCUUGCGUGAUCGCGAUUUUGACCGCGUACCUUACAUGAUAGGAUGCAAUAACACGGAAGGAAUGGGUAUCAUGUCUUCAUCCAUAUACGGCAAAGAAUUUGAAAAUAAAGAACUGAGUGAAGAAGAAUUUACGGAAUAUUUAUACUUUCCUGUGAAAGAUGGAGAUCUAAAAGAAUGGAGAGAAUUUUAUAAUGAGAAAAAUUUGCUCAAGCUAUUUGGGCGGGUUAUUGGAGAUGUAAUCUUCGUUGUACCGGCGGUCACUACCGCUUCAUUUUAUGCAGAGAACAACGAUGUAUAUUUUUACUAUGGUUCUUUUCAACUCCGUUUUCACCAUGACGAUGAUUUCGGUCCAAAAGAAGCAAGAAAACCAUCUUGGUGUUUUUGUGAUCAUGGCGAUGACGUUUAUAUGAUGCUUGGUAUGCCUUUUACUCCCGGAAACCUCCGCAACAUGGCAGUAUUUUCCAAGGAAGAGGAAGAAUUGAGCCAGAAGUGUAUGAAAUUUAUAACCAAUUUUGCAAGAUAUGGAAAUCCGAAUAAUAAAACCACCGGUACGGGAAUAGAGUGGCCUAAAUAUUCGAAGAAAGGAAAAUAUCUAAUUCUGGAUCAUGCUCCGAAUAUUGGAAGCGAUCUUGCUGUUAAAGAAAUUGAUUACUGGACUACUUAUGCAAAUCGAACUUAAGACAAAUAUGUCUUAAAAUAUAUAUGAUAUUUCACGAAAUAUUUCCUAUUAACAAACUGCUAAUCAUGUUCACAAAUUUUCCGAAAAUUUGCAAUAAAUUGUGCCAAAUAUUAACAAAGUACAACGUAUAAAAUUG